AUGUUAAAAUUUAUUUUGGUUUGUGUUUUGUUUUUCGCAAAAAUCGCGUGUUUCGAAUUUAUUUUUAAGCCCGGACCUUUAAUACCUGCUUCUAGGGGAGAAGUGUGGCCCAAACCUCAACACCAGGACGCUCUAGAUGAUGGAUUCUUCACACUAUUGCCGUCGUUCUUUCAGUUUAAUUCAGUCGGUACCACCUGUACUAUUUUGAACGAAGCCCUACUUAGAUACAGGAACCUAAUUCUUUUUAACAGUCGACGCAUUAAAGAAAUUUACUUCAAAGUACGAACGUGUUACGAGAGUUCUGAUUCUAACUUCUUGGGUUACUUGACUAGUUUUGAAAUUGACUUAACCGGUCCGUGCUCUGACGAAGAAUUGCCGUCUCUCGAGAUGAUCGAAGAAUAUGAAUUGACACUCAGUUCUAGUACCCGAAAACUAUCAUCUAGUACCAUCUGGGGUAUACUUCGAGGUCUUGAAACCUUCUCUCAACUCAUCUACUUAACAGAAGACCACAGUUGUCACAGAGUUGAAAGUACACACAUCCACGACUAUCCCAGAUUUGCCCAUCGUGGUCUUCUUUUGGACACCUCUAGGCACUAUCACAGCAAAGACAACAUUUUCAAACUUCUAGAUGCAAUGUCGUACCACAAGCUCAACGUGUUUCAUUGGCACAUCACCGACGACUAUAGUUUUCCUUACGUGAGCAAGACUUUCCCGCAGUUAAGCGAAAAAGGCGCAUUUCAUCCCACUCUUUGGGUCUACGACCAAAAUUUUGUCAAAGAGGUACAAAAGUACGCACAAAGAAGAGGAAUUCGGGUAAUGGUAGAAUUUGACACUCCUGGACACACUCUGUCUUGGGGUUUAGGUCAACCGGAUUUACUCACGGCUUGUUAUGACGUACCACAACUAGAAUGGGGACCCAUUAAUCCCACCAGAAACUCUACUUACGCUUUCAUGUUUAAGUUACUCGAUGAGAUUAAGAGUGUGUUUAAGGAUAAAUACACCCAUCUUGGAGGUGACGAAGUUGAUUUUUCUUGUUGGAAAAGUAAUCCCGAGGUUAAUCAGUUUAUGGUUGAAAAUGGCAUAGAAGGCGACUAUGUGGCUCUUCAGAGUUACUACAUCCAAAAAAUCAUCAACUAUGUUGAUUCUUUAAAUAUGAGUACUGUGGUGUGGGAGGAAGUCUUCACCAAUGGUGUUACGUUACCCAAAAGCACAGUGGUUCACGUCUGGAUAAGCACCAACCCAAAAACUACUCUAAACCAAGUGACGGAAGCCGGUCAUCCAGCUAUUCUAUCCUCGUACUGGUACCUAGACCAGUUGAACACAGGUGGCGACUGGUUGAAGUUCUACAACGCUGACCCGCACGAUUUUCCAGGAACCGACGAACAAAAAAGUUUAGUCAUAGGAGGUGAAGCUUGUAUGUGGUCGGAAGUGGUCGACGACAACAAUCUAGAAUCUAGAAUUUGGCCCAGAGCUAGCGUCGCGGCCGAAAAAUUUUGGUCACCCCCUGACUCCAUCAAGACUGAGAUGGAAGAAUUGUGGCCUAUCGCCAGCAGGUUACAAGAGCAGACGUGCAGAAUGAACUGAAGAGGGAUAAAGGCCCAACCACCUACAGGUCCGAGUGUAUGCUUUUAAAUAAAAAACAUCUUUCUGUUUAAAA